AUUUCGUGAAGUCUUACAAUACCAGCAGAAGGUUGUAGAGAGUAAUCGUGUAUCUGGACACAGUUUUGUUGUUGUUUUGAGUCAUGGCUUCCAAACGGAUAACCCAGGAAACCUUUGAUGCCGUUGUGAAGGAGAACAUGGAAGACUUUGAGCUUGGUGCAGAAGAGGCGGUAGCUGAUGCUGUUCAACAGUUUGAGUCUCAGGGUAUUAACCUUGCUAACAUCAUCAAAGAAGCUCACGUUGGAGGUGAAUCUGGUGAACCAACCAAGCAUCCUGUAGUGGUUGCUCUGCAUGGCUUGACAGAAGGGAUCAAAACCAUAGCUUCUGGGGGUGAUGGAGCAGAGCUACAGGAGGAUAUCAUAUCACAUCUUCAAGCUUUCAAGACAGAGUGCGACAAGGAUCUAGCGCAUCGCAUGCAAGCUGCCGGCAACGAGGCAUUCCCAACCUUACUUCUUCUGACCCAAAGCCGACUAGCAAAGGCAGAUGAACAGUUCCAAUGCAGAGCUCUAGAGGGCCUGUGCUCUCUGCUCAAUGGACAACCUGAUCUGAUGACAGGAGCUGGCAUGGACUUCCUGCUUGAAUCAGUGAGGACUGUAGCAAGUUCUGAAGGGGAUAGUCAUCCUUCAAGCGUUGCCCUCCUUAUCAAAGCCAUUAGAUUUAGUUGCAUCAAACAUGAGACGAACAGGCAAGCAUAUGUGAAGAAGGAUCUUAUCAAAACACUCAUCAGUGUCUUAGGAAAUGCGAAGGGUGAUGUGAAGGUAGUACGAGAAGUCGAUGCCACCUUCCGGGCUCUUGUCGUCGAUGAUGAUGUCAGGGUACCUUUCGGGAAAGCCCACGACCAUGCUAAGCUUAUCGUUGAAAGCGGGGCAUUGAAGAUUCUUCUUGAAGUCAUGCAGAGUUGUAUGCACGAUCAGGCCGCUGUAGGUGACCUCAGUGCAACCUUAGGCCGUCUGUCAGUCAGGAACGAGUUCUGUCAAGAGAUCGUCAAUCUGGGAGGUCUGAAGUCGGUCUUGAAGGUGUUGGGUGAUGAUCUAGCUAGUCAGGUAGUAGUAAGACAACUCCUUGAUCUUCUCAAAGCAAUAGCUGGAAAUGAUGAGGUCAAGAUUGCUAUAGUGAAUGCUGGAGGUAUCCCAACGAUCUUGGGUGCCAUGUCAAGAUAUAUACGUGCACCUCAGGUAUGUCAAGCAGGAUGUGCAGCUGUAGCAGCCAUAGUUCUUCGUAAACCAGCCAACUGCCUGGCGGUAAUGGAAGCUGAGGGGGCUAAACUUCUGGUUCAAAUCCUGACAAUACAUAAGGAUGAAGCAGCAGUACAGAAACAAGCCUGCAGGGCAGUGCGGAACCUAGUCGCCAGGACACCAGAGCACCAGGAUCCGUUUAUACAGCUUGGAAUAGAAGGUCUUCUAAGGGACGCAGAGAAGCACUGCCCAGACGAUGCUAAAGCCGCCCUCAGAGACCUACACCUCAAGGUGGAAUUACGAGAGCUUUGGAAGGGAGAAAAGAACCCAUUAACCAAUUAAGUAAUAGUUAUAAUAUGCAACAUUUGAAUAGUACUUAAAGGGAUACUCCAGGCAAAAAAUAAUACAAUUUGAACAGAUAGAGAAAAAAUCAGACCAAU